AUGUGGAACAUGGUGGGCAUCAGCAGCAGGUGGCAGAGCAUGGAAAAUGGCAGGAUGGUGGUGCACCUGAGCAGGGGUGCCAAACCAAGGCAGGGCGCCAAUAGCUGUCAUUGGGGCGAGCCUCUGGUGGUUACUGAAAAUUAUUUGCUCCCACAUGCUGCGGUCCUGCCUGGCACUCUCAACUGCUGCCAGCACCAGAGCUGCCACUUACACCCAAUGCUGGUGCCAGAGCCACCCCUCACACCUGUUUCUGGCACCCAGUGCCGGUCCCAAUCACCCCUGAGGGCUUAUCCACCUCCCCCUGCCUCCUGA